AUGGCAACUCAACCCACCAAGCGGAAGGCGGCGUGGGAGGGCAAUGAGAAGGAGGAGUCCGUUUGGGAGGAGGCUAUGAGGACGGUGCGGAAGAGGGAGAAUGAAGAAGUUGCGGGGAAGGAGAAGGAGGAGCACGACAAGAAGAUGGCCGACCGUGCCCGUAUGCAAAGGGAGUAUGAGGAAUACCUAUGGCGCGAGAAGAAGAGGAAUCAGAAGCUCCAAGCCGAAAGGGACCGUCUAUGGAGGGAAAAAUUCCAGAGGAACAUGCAACUUGCUCAACUAGAGAGGGAGAGGGACAAUGGGAUACACCUAGAGGAGGUGUCUAAGGAGGCUGAGCGCAUAAGGGAGGAAAGAGCUCCAGCGGAACUUCAAAGACGGAGGAGCGCCACCAUUUUUUCGACUCGGUGGUACAGUUGA